AUGCAGCCUCUGCGCCCUGAUCUCAACUCCGGCUGGACAACUGUGGAGCGACGACGCAACCACAAGCAAGUCCAAAUGCGACAGAGCCAGACCGGAUCCGUGCGGGCGCAGCAGCAGCAGAGGUGGAGGCUGGAUGUGGCAGGAGACGGGUCACUGAGCUGCAGCGAGCCGGGUGCGUGUUUCCCAGUCCCCAACUCUCCAAUGUCAGCGGACAGGAUGAUGAUCAUUGGACUUCUGCUCAAUGUCUUCUCUCAUGGUAGCGUGCCAGUGUCUGCAUCCUUAGACUGUCUGGUGGCAGAGCAGGGCUGCAUCCAGGAGCAGUCCUGCAUGGUGCUCUAUCGACUGCUUGAGUACUGUGCAGCUGAGGAGGCGGUGUCGCCCCUCGGCCCAGACGCCCGCCUUGAGUGCCUGGAGGCCCAGAACUCCUUGCAGCAUUACCGCCCCCUUCAGGUUUGCAAGUGUCAGCGUGGCUCUCGCAGGGAGGAACACUGCCUGAGGGUCUACUGGACUGUGAGAUUUGCAGCAUAUGAUGAGUAUGAAGUGUCUCCGUAUGAAGAGCUGCAGGUAAAUCUGGUGAGAAACAUUGAGAUGUCACGUAUGGCCUCCAUCAUGGCAGCCUCCUCUCUUUCUGUGGACGGCCAAAACCAGUGUCUGAAGGCAGCCCAGGACUGUGGCCUGUAUGAGAAAUGUGGCUCCCUGCGGUCAGAAUAUGUUGUGGCCUGCACCAAGCGAGCAACGGUCUCUGACAACAGCUGCAACCGCCAGAAAUGCCACAAAGCCCUGCGGCGCUUCCUAGAGCGUGUGCCAGAGGAGUACAGCUUCGCUCUGCUCUUCUGUCCCUGCUCUGACACCCUGUGCGGGGAGCGGCGCAGGAAAACAAUCGUUCCUUCCUGUUCCUAUGAAGAGAACGGGAGGGGAGAGGAGAGAGUGGGCAAGCCCAACUGCCUCAGCCUGCAGAAUUACUGCUCCAGAGACGAGCUGUGUAGAUCCAGGCUCGCUGAUUUCCAACACAACUGCCAGCCCUCCCCCCUGUCUGCCUCUGGCUGUAUACGAGAGAGCAGAGCCAUGUGCCUGAAGGCCUACGCUGGACUCAUAGGCACCAUCAUGACUCCCAACUAUGUGAGCAACAGCAGCACGGAAGUGUCCCAGUGGUGCACGUGUGACGGCAGUGGGAACGAAUGGCAGGGCUGCCAGCGCAUCCUGCAUAUGUUCAGCAGCAACAUCUGCCUGCGCAAUGCCAUCAGCUCCAUGGGAAUCUCUGCGCCUCCUCCUGUGGAGAACACUCCGGUGCCAGCUUCUCAGCCCUCCCCGCACAUCUACCAGGAGAGCGUCCACGUCAGCAUUAACACUCUCCCUGAAUUCAACAGUAUGGAGGAUGGCGAGGACGAGGGGCAGGAGGAGGAGGAAAGCGAGGAAUUCAACGUCAUCCCGCCGUAUUCCGAGAAGGACUCUAACGUUGAAUCGGGGGCUAGAGGGAGUAAACGGGGAGCGGCUAGCCAAGCGGUACCCUUGUUACCAUUGCUGCUGCUGCCGAUGCUCGUCCUGGACUCGGGGUGUUGGAGCUACUGAAGCCUCCAUUUCAUUCUCUGCUCAUAUUUUACUCUCGCUACCACUUUCAAAUACAUCACAGCACUCAGAAUGAACCACAGAGGACAUGUGCGAGGAAGAAACGCUCCAUUUCUUUUUGUUCCUUUUCAUCAUUUUUAAAAUACCCCGACUUUAUUUUAUGAUUCAGUUUCUGCUCUCACUGCCUCCUCAAGAGUUAAAAGAUACCAGUAGUCCUGCAGGAUCUGCCAUGUCUGUGCUCGAGUCCUCUCCUAUGAAACGAAGCGAACAACGUGAGCAGAUAUACGAGUGCAUGGGUGAAUUUAGAGACGCCGUCUGGGCAAAUACUCUAUCUAGAGCCUGCUUCACACUCAGUACAUCCCCUCUUUUAACAAGAAGCACAUUGCCCAAGGCCACAACCACUAUACACACUCCCAAAAACCAUAACCAGUCUACUCCACUGCAACCAGGCCCGAGCACGGCUUUUGAUUUCUAUUUCAUGACUCAUGUCACAUCCGUUUCUCUGCUGCCCUUUCGGCUCUUCCUCUCCCUCCUCCAGACUAUGGUUGAGUAAGAUAAUCCACUUUACAACAAGCUAAUAAGAAACUGCACCACACUUAAACUGCUUUGUACCACUGGAAAAAUACUCAAAAUUGCCUCAUUUAAGAUGUGAUAAGAGGCACCAUGUUGUCACAUAAUGUAUGAGAGGCCGUGUGCCUUUUCAACCUUUGGUUCUUCUCACUUUGUGCACCAUGAAGCAGAGACAGUCACUCCGCUUUGCUUCCUUUGUUAAAACGCCACUUAGUAUUAGUCCUACCAGGGUGAAUGGCUGAGAAUUCAACCACGGGCAAACGUAAUGAGAUCAAAUUGCGUUGUAGAAAUGGCGAGCAGAGAAAAGCAACAUGAGCAAUUAUAGCACAAUUCAAAUUGCUCGGCAUGCAGGGGAAGUCUGAAGUAAGGCUCAGGGGAGGAAAUAGCCAAUUUACUGCUGUCAUACCCUCUCACUUUUUUUUUUUAUCCUUAGGUGUGUUUUUAGUGCUCCUUCCCCAUCAUGUGCUUUAGAUGUUGUGCGAGCGGGGUGUGGAGAUGGGGACGGACACAGGAGGCUGUAAAGCCUGCUGGCUGCUCUGAUCAUUGAGCAGCACAUUGAGCCAUUCUCUCUGCCUGAAAUAGCUUUUGCUGAUGUUAAUGAUUUUCUUUUUUUGCCUCUUAUGGCUCAUUUUCUUGUGAAAUUACGCAGCUGCGGGGAUGUAGGUAAAGAGAAGUAUAGUGAAGUUUUUGUAGAGGGGUAGUUUGCAAGAAAUAACUUAUUCGAGCUCAGCAAAGAUGUUGUAUUUUGGUAAUACGCUCAUUUCACGGCGCUUCUUCUGUGUAAUAAUAGCAGAGAUGCAGCGGUGGUUGACUGCAAACAUCGACCAGACCAGAUCUGAACAUUUCCAAAGACCUUUGACAUGAAAAUAAUUUGUAGAUGCUUGACUAUCACUUGAGGAGGCAGUGUGGUCCCACCACUCUUUCCAUCCCCCCACUGCUGGACUUGUUUACAUGAUGAAGACUGAAGUUUUGAAAAGGACACACAGUAUAAAGGCAGAAACGCACUGGAAGCGUAGGAGCUAUGCUUCGGCAAAUGCGGGUCCAUCACUACUUCAAACUCGGGUUUGAUUUUUAGAAGUCAAAGUGCGACUUAAAUGGAUGUUGUAAGGUUAGUGGACCUGUAGCGACUGUUGCCCGCCGCAGGGCAAAAUGACAUCAUGCAGGUUUUUGACCACUUUCUUGUUGAGUUUGGCUACAGGAAACUAAGAAGCGGGUGAGGAAACGGCUCUGAAGUGUGACUGCAAGCUUAGAAUGUACAAAAAAUGACAUAUUUGGGCAGAAUCUUUGAAAUACAAAGUUUGGGUGGACAACUAGCUGGUAUCCAAAUAUGACCCUGAACCAGACCAUAGAAGAGACGUGUUGAUGCCUCUCAGCUGCAGUUAUUCAUAAAGAAUCAAAUGAACCAGUGACAAUAACUGCAUCCAGUGCGCUCUGGCCUUAAUGACUGAAUGUGAGUUCACAUGUUUUUUCACAGCAGGUUUCUUUACAUUUGUAAACUCUGUAAACAUUAAACAUGGCUUGUAUUUUUUGAUGAGUUAAAGCUUCAAAGAAAAAGGAAAAAAAAAAGCUUUUCCUCCAUCCAUAAAUCAAAAUUCUUUGAGAAAAAGAUGUGAAUAUUCCCCCCAGAUUAGUUUUUAGAGUGUCUCAUCCAGUUGAGACACUGUGUACAGUGCUACGCUUCACAUGCUAACCUUCUUUUAAAGACAUAUCAGACAUGCCAAAUAACUCUGACUGUAAUGUGCUA